AGUCGGACAGCGUGACUAGUCUGUCGCUUUCGCCGUCUAUCUUGCAAUGAAAAUUCACCACCACUUCAAUUUGCUAUCGAUUACCUGAGAGAUGAGUGUAUAAAAUGAAAGUAUAGUCUCAUAGCCAAUACACCGCGCACGCGUUACUCUGUAACUAUUACCCCGCGUACGUUUCGAGAAAUCUGCGCGAGUCAGUCGUGUCUCUGCGCUCGAGAAGUGAACAUGACGAAGCUUCCACAGAACCCGCCGAUCAUCUUUAACUACGUAGAGAAUAAGGAGUAUAGCAUCAAGCCGAUUCGUUGGCUGCUGAAGCCGAUAAGUGUCUGGCCGAUGACGGACUCGUCGAUCGCGGAGAGGAUCUCGUCAGUAGCGUUGCUGAUAGCAUGCAUUUUUUUAAUCGUCAGUACUUUGGUGCCUUGCGCGUUGGCCACAAUCUUAGACGAGAACAAAGAUAUGGAGAUGAAAAUACGUGAAUUUGGACCGCUCAGCAACUGGGUGCUGGCGAGUCUCAAGUAUAUCUCGUUGCUGGCGCACGUUGACGACAUAUAUCAAUGUAUCAAACACAUCGAGAUGGAUUGGCGGUCUGUGACGAAAUUCGAGGAGCAGGAGAUAAUGCUGAAGAAUGCCAAGAUCGGUCGUUUCGUCGCGAUAUUUUCCGCGACAUUCGUGCACAGCGGCGUAUUCUCGUACAGUAUUUUUCGAGGAAUGACGUUAAGCGAAGCCGCCGUCGGGGGCGAUAACGUGUCGGUGCGUCCGCUACCUUUCGCGUUCUACGAUAAGCUCCUAGACACCACGACGAGCCCGAUGUACGAAAUAGUGUUCAUAAUACAGUGUCUAUCCACGUUUGUUGUAAAUUCCAUAGCAGUAGGCGCAUGCUGUCUCACCGCCGUGUUCGUUAUGCAUGCCUGCGGUCAGUUAAAAAUCCUUAUGUCCUUGCUGGAUAAUCUGAUCGACGAAAGAAACGAAAAGAAAGACUCCUCGCAGCAGAAGUUCGCCAUCAUCGUCGAACAUCAUUUAAAAAUACUCAGUUUCGUGUCUUACGUAGAGAAAAUUAUGAAUAUAGUUUGUCUCGUGGAAGUAGCAGGUUGCACGAUGCACAUGUGUCUCUUGGGCUAUUAUUGCAUACUGGAUUGGAACCAAGACGAAAAAGAAAGUAUGGUGGCAUACGCUAUAAUAUUGAUCUCAGUUACUUUCAACAUCUUUAUAUUUUGUUACUUUGGGGAGAUUCUUUCAGAACAGAGCGGCCAAGUUGGUGAAACUGCCUACAUGACAAAUUGGUAUCUGUUACCCGGAAAUACCGCUCUCGGUCUCAUUCUAAUCAUUUUAAAAUCCAGCAUCGUAGUUAAAAUCUCUGCUGGAAAGAUGAUUGAGCUUUCCCUUUCUACCUUCGGUAAUGUGAGUAUAUACAAAAAUAGUAUUUUUAAUUUGCAGGCAUGUAACUUUCGCUACCUUCGUCAGAAAACGAUGGAGGAUGAUCUCACGGAUAGUACUAGUGUCUCCGUAUCCACGUACUUGGUUGAAUACAAAUACAACGAGUACAGUAUCCAGAUAAUACGUUGGAUUCUCAAGGCGAUUAAUGUAUGGCCGCGUCCCACCGAUAUCUCAAUCAUCGAAAAGAUCCGCUCCGAUUUCGCGAUAUUUGUGUGCUACUUCCUGAUAAUCAGCAUCAUGAUACCAACUGGUCUGAGUAUACUCAUCGACUCGCAGCAGUCGAACGACGACAAGCUGUUGAGCGUUGGCCCAUUCACCUUCUGGCUCAUAGCGAUGAUGAAUUAUUCUUGCCUCUUGAUGCACGUGGACGAUAUACACGACUGUGUGGAGCACGUGAAAGCGGACUGGCGAAUUAUCCGGAGAUGCGAGGAUCGGAGAGUGAUGCUGAAGAGCGCCAAGAUAGGUCGAUUCAUCGCCGGUUUCUGCGCCGUGUUCAUGCACAGCGGUGUGUUCUCGUACAAUAUCGUCCAAGGCCUCUCCAAAGUUAUCUUACACGUGGGGAAUAGUACCGUCGCGGUUCGCGCGUUACCCUAUCCCUUCUACAUCAAGAUUCUCAACGCGCACGUCAGUCCGACGUACGAGCUCGUGUUUUUUGUACAGUGCCUCUCGUCCUUCGUCGUCAACUGCGUUACAGUCGCCACAUGCGGCCUGGCAGCAGUUUUGGUAAUGCACGCGUGCGGCCAAAUGAAAAUCAUGAUAUCCUGGCUCGAAAAUUUCAUGGACGACAAAAAUGAGGAAAAAACUUCUAUUUCUAUGAGACAAAGGUUCGCAAUCAUAGUGAAUCAUCAUUUGAGAAUCUUGAGUUUUGUAUCCCGUACAGAGAAAAUUAUGAAUAUAAUAUGUCUUGUGGAAUUAAUUGGAUGUACUAUGCAUAUAUGUCUUUUAGGAUAUUAUUGCAUUAUGGAUUUUAUUCACGACAAUCAUCAAAGUAUUUUGUCGCAUUCAAUGGUAUUAUCUUCGAUUACUUUUAAUAUAUUUAUAUUCUGUUAUAUCGGAGAGAUACUUUCUGAUCAGGGCGAACAGAUCGGUAAAUCUGCCUAUAUGACAAACUGGUAUCUCUUGCCUGGAAAAACCGCCCAGGGGCUCAUUCUGAUAAUUCUAAGAUCCAAUGCUGGCAUCAAGAUAACUGCCGGAAAGAUUGUUCAGCUCUCAUUUUCUACUUUCGGUGAUGUAAGUAUGCAAAAAUACAUAUUAUUUAUAAUUUAUGCAUAUAAAACAACAUGGAAUUUAUAUUCAUAUAAAAAAUCUUUGGUGUGA